CCAGCAGAGUCCAUUGUGUGAUCGCAGGCUUCAAGAUGACAUAUCGAGUUUACUACUCGUUGCUCGCUCUUUUAUUGUGUACCUGUGUAUGCUGGAGCGUAAGAAACGUCGAUGAUCGAUACAGGGCAAAGCCAGGAGUGUGUCCAAGCACAGACGGAUAUGAUGUGUGUGGUGGUGAAAUUUGUUUCCGUGACGAUGACUGUCUGGGGGAUGAGAAAUGCUGCGAAAAUGAAUGUGGACGUCGGUGUACAACUCCAUACCUUGGGGAACCAAAGCCUGGAGUGUGUCCAAGUGAUGUCAUUUCAGUGAGAGUGGCAGGAGUGUGUGUCGAGUCAUGUUCUCAUGACAUCCAGUGUCCAAACGAUGAGAAAUGCUGCAGCAAUGGAUGUGGACUUCAGUGUACAGCUCCAUAUAAAGAUGAACCAAAGCCAGGAGUGUGUCCGAAAGUCCCUCCAGGAACGGUAGGACUGUGUGCUGAGUGGUGUUCCUCUGACAGUCAAUGUCCGAAUGAUGAGAAAUGCUGCAGCAAUGGAUGUGGACAUAUGUGUUCAGCUCCAUUUAAAGAUGAACCAAAGCCAGGAGUGUGUCCGAAACUCCCUCCAGGAACGGUAGGAAUUUGUGUCGAGUCGUGUUCCUCUGACAGUGACUGUCCGAAUGACGAGAAAUGCUGCAGUAAUGGAUGUGGACAUACGUGUUCAGCUCCAUUUAAAGAUAAACCAAAGCCAGGAGUGUGUCCAAACAAUAUCCCUGAAGCAGAAAGAAAAUGUUCCGAGGCGUGUUCCCAAGACAGUGAUUGUCCGAAAGAUGAGAAAUGCUGCAGCAAUGGGUGUGGGCAUCAGUGUAGGGCUCCAUAUACAGCAAAGCCAGGAGUGUGUCCAGUUAUACCCCUUGGAGAUGUGUGUAAGAACUCCUGCGACGAUGACAGUGACUGUCCAACCAUUGAGAAAUGCUGCAGCAAUGCAUGUGGACGUCAGUGUUGGGCUCCAAUCAUAGUGAAACCAAAGCCAGGAGUGUGUCCAAGCAAACUCCGUGCAAUUACAGAGUGUAACAAGCCAUGCUCCUCUGACAGUGACUGUCCGGGCAAAGACAAAUGCUGCAGCACUAGAUGUGGACUACAAUGUGUGACACCUGGUAGAUGUUUGGGACCGCGUUGCUGAGAAGUAGAUCCAUGAUGGCCAAUGUCCUGCCAGACAGAAGUGUUGCCUGACCACCUGUGCUGAUGAUUUA